AUGAUUGAGCUGAUCAUGUUAGCAGAGAAACUUCGCAACUCAGAGGAGCUUGGGGCAGUAAUGCGGCGUGUUUUGCAGCUGGCCCUCCCCCAAGACUUGCAGUCCUUGGCAGAGUCGGCGCUCAAGAAAUUUCCAAAGCUGGGCAAGAGCAAAAUCAGCCGAGGCCAUUUGACUUUGGAUGUUGGGUUCAUGCUGCAUCAACGCGUUUCCAACUGGAUGUCUGGUGAUGCUGCACGCUAUUUGAUGUGGGAUUCAUCGCCUCAAUUUGGGAGGGAUUAUCAAAUGUGCUUAGUGCAACAAAUCAGGAAUUCGGAUUUGGACAAUCUGUGGGAUUGUUCUGAAGCCAUGUUUUUUCUUUGGGAGUCUGAGGGGCCGCCCAACUUUUCCGAUUCAAACAAUGUGGAAGAUGAGGCGGCAAUCAUGGCAAAACUGCGGAACGGCAUGAAGGUGCACGCCCUUCCUGCAGUCUUGAUUGGGUUUGGCAGCGCGGGUUUCAAAAAUAAAUUGCAUGCCCUGCUGCAUGCUGCCAGGCUAGAAGUAUUUUCGGAGAAGGAGUUGGCGCAAUGGACCAGCAGUAUUGUCACUGUGGCUUCUGACUAUGGAGCAGAACGCCUGCUCGCAAAUCUUCACAAUGUCUCUGCUUCAGAUGUUGCUGGUUGGUUCGAAGAUGUUUCAUUGCAAGACAUCCGCCUCUGCGCUGGUGCAGCAGGGGCUUCAAUUGGAGCCGGAGCUGAUGCCCUUGCCCAAGUUCCUGAUGCAGGCGUAGCCGACUUUGAUUUUCAAGAUCCUGCCGCUGCACCACAGCUUGUCAAUGUCGCAGUUGGGGAUGAGGGGAAUGGGGAUGACGAAGAAGAGUGGGAGCUUGCAAAUCCUACCCGUCUCACCUUCGAGAACUUGCUUGGCAUCCCUGGAUUGCACCAUAUCAUUGACAAUGCAACAAAAGGUUUGAAAGAUGUCAUGGACAGUUACACUGACAACAUUUUUUUGGCAGAGAAAGUUUGUCGUUUCCUAUACAAGCCUAGCACAAGGAUAAAGCUUAUUGAAAGAUGCUUUGUUCGUGGCCCUGGAGUUGCGUUUGCUGAUGAUAUCAAAAAAUUCAAAGGUUGGAUCAAUACAGGCCGCUGGGGCACAGUUGCAUUCUCUGUCCCAGAGCUUCUGAAAGUCAAGCACGCUAUAGUUUGGGGCUGGAAUGAAACCCAGUUUUUGCGUGGAGAGCCUGUGGACGGUGACAUUGAAAUUGAAGAGAAACGCCGUGAAACUGCUGAAUUAGCUGCAUAUGUUUCCCAAGCCGUUCAAAGUCCCGCCUGGUGGGGUUGGAUUGCCAUGUUUGAAGUUGUCUGCGGACUCUUGCGACAGCACAUUCGCUGGGCAGAGUCGUGCCCUUGUCACGACCAUUUGCUGCAAACUCACCGGGAAGAUCUGCAAACAGAACCAGACCUUUUGAAACAAUUUCUUUCAUGCCCCAUGCGAGGUCUGCGGGCGCCAGAACUGUCUGCCGGUCAAUUUCUUGACUUGUUGAGCUCUCUGUGGCAAGUGAGUGCUGCGGAAGUGUUGCGGGUGCUGCCGGCAGCAAUGGAAGAACGAGAUCGAAAGGAGCUUUUACAAAUUUACAAGUGGCAAGCCGAUGAUACGUUGGUGUAUGGCCUGUGGGGUCACCAUUCUGGUUUUGUUUCCUCUUUAGCCCCUGACACCCGUGAGUUGCUCCCAUCUAUAUUGCGGGACUUGCUUAUGCAUCAAGAUGGUGGGUAUGUGCUGGAUCAGCGCCAAAGCGGCGCCGAUCAGAAGCAAGCUUGCCUUGAGGCUUUGCAAGCGGUCGGGGUUGUGAGGGCAGGGCUGAACGAUGCGCGUUUUCCAAUUUGGUUUUUAGCUGAAGCCAGCAUUCCUGCUGUCAAAGCUGGCUAUCGUGUUGCUAGCCCACAGCAUGCAUUGGCAAUUCAAAAUGAGAUUCCUUUGCGUGAGAGAUCGGUUUGGGAGCUUCUUGUGAUUCUGGACCAAGAUGGUUGGGAGCACAAAGUGAAAAACACAAGUUCCAAUGACGAACCCUACGUUCCAGGUUCUGGUGAGAAACUUUGGUACAGCAAGCCUGGUGAUGAUACUGUAUCAUUUUGGUAUUUGUUGGCGUUGGCCCAAGGUGAGCAUACAAUUCCGCAUUGGCAGAAAUCUGGAUUCUACCAAUCUUUGGUCGAAGGUGAAGCAAUGCAACGCCGCCCCCCAAGAAGGAGGCCACUGCCCAUUGAGAAUGUUGAUGAUGAUGCUUGGGAUUUGGCCUUGCCUUUGGAACAAAGCACCUGCAGAAAGAGGCAGAAACAGCUUGGUGCUUCAACCCAGCACCCACAAUUGCAUGCCAUCGAGGAUGUUGCUCCAGGUGAUGACUUGGACAUGUCACUUUUUGGACCCAGCUCAGAUGAAGAACAUAGCAGUCAAGUUGCCGGCUUUGAACCGCAUGUUCCGGAGAGCACAUCUGCUGUGGUUCCCACCUUGGUUUCUUCACAUGAUGCAGUUUCAGCAGCUGGCCCUGAGGGCCCACAGUCUCCAAAGGAGAUCUCUGGAAGCCCGAAGUCUGGUUCAUCUAGUUCAAGCUCCAGCACAGGAAGUUCAUCCUCAAGUUCGUCCAAUGACACCAAGUCUGGUAGUUCAAGUUCUUCCUCCUCUUCUUCUGAAGCAGAAGAGGCCGAAGAGCCUGACCCAAGUGGCCAGCCUCGUGGUUCUGGUUGUGCUCCUGUUCCAAAAGCAGCCCCAAUGCCUGUACCGAUAGGGGCGGGAGCCCAGGGUCCUCACAGCAAAGAAAGAGCGUUCAAUCCAAGAGCUGGCUUUGAUUAUGGAUUGGGCCAUGCUGUUCGAACUUACAAGGACGGAGAACCUAUUGGCUGGGAAAUGAACUGCGGACAUCCAUGCCACACAGCACGCCAAUGCCGCAAGAACUUGAAGGAGACAACCAAAAGUCGGUCUGCAGAGCAAACAAUGCGUUUGCUGAAGUGGUGGAUCAUCCGCGGUAUGCAUACUCAAAGCAGUGACGAGCACAUGAAGGAUGUGUGGUCAGAGUUGCUCCGUGAAGCAUCCUCGGGUUAUCUGGAAGAACCGCCUGAUCGCCCACCGCUUGAAUAUACUGGAGUAGAUGGGCAGCGACACACAUGGGCUGGCAAGCGCAGUGUGUAA